GGCUGCGCAGCGGUGGGGCCGUAGCCUCCUCGGGCUCGCUUGAGCCGGCGGCUCGCACGCUCCGUGGGAGCCCGAGUCCCUCCGCUGGCCCUUGGGGCACAGGCUGGGGAAUUCUGGUUGCGAACGGGAACGCCGGAGAGCUUGCGACAUUCAGAGGAGGGAUACGCGCCUGUAGAGUGUUACAACUGUGGCAAGUGGUGGAAAGUUCUCGACCCGGCUUCGGAACAGGGUUUUUUUUUGUUUUUUAAAAAAAACCUGUUGUUUCUCUGGCUGGCAGGAAUUGAUGAACGACCUUUUGCGAGGGUUUCCUUUUUAGCUUGGCUGACGUUUGUACCGUUUGGGAAUCUGAAGAGAGCCCAGACAGUUGUUCCUAGCAGUCAUUCUCAACCUGUGGGUCACGACCCCUCGCAGGGUCGCAUAUCACAUAUUUACAUUACAAUUCGUAACUAGCAAAUUUACAGAUAUGACGGAGCCACGGGAUUAUUUCAUAGUUGGGGGUCGCCACAACAUGAACCGAGUUUAGGAAGGUUGAGGAUCACUGGUUUAUAGGAAGACGUUAGCGGGGGUUGCCUCCAGAACGUUUAGUUGGCCCACCUGCAAAUGGGAACCUAGCAUUCUAGUUGUGAUGACGUCUGAGGCUCUGAAGUGGCUUUAGGAUGAGAAGUUGGCUCUUGUUAGUGCAGGCUGAGGUCGAGUCAAAGGUGAGGCCUCACUUGGAGCAGACAUGAGUCACCAGUCAAUGCCCACGCAAUCAGAAAUUAAGUACUGAGUCCAGCUGUCCACUUGAUAGCGUCCUUCUGUGGCGUGUUCAGCCAGUCAAUGUCUCAACAACCUUCAAUAUAGUAAAGACCAUAGUGCUUGUCUAAGACUUUUCUCAUCGGAAGGUAGCUAAUCCAGGAGCAAAAAGAACUGUUAGUCCUAGUCCUUGCCCAGAUGCUCAAUCCUGAAUCUAUUAACAUGAAGGAAAACAAAACCCGAGUACCAAUCCUUUAUAUUAUGUUUUAGGAGUCAUCUUAGUUUUAGAUGGGAGAAGAACUCAGCAUAAGCAAUUAGAAUGAAAGAACCUUUGGAUGGUGGAUGUGACAAAGCAAUGGCACAACAAGGGCUUCUGGACAGAAUUAAAGAAGAACCUGAUGAUGCUCAUGAAUAUGGACCUCAAGAAAGUGAACUAAAAAUCAGUGCUGUGUUUUCAGCCAGUGAAACUUCUCUCGGCUUUCAGGUUGGUCUACCGUCAUCCAGCCCGAGUACAUCAUUUUCUGUAGUUCCAGCUGCUCAAGUGUUUUGUUUUGGUUGUAAAAAACUGCUUUGUAAGGGGCAGCCUACCUAUCGGAAGGCCGGAUCUGCCCAGCUUUACUGCUCCAUGGGAUGCAUCAUCAGAUUCUCCUUCACAGUCUGCGUGCCACCUCUUCCCAAGAGAACCUGCGCACACUGCUCCAAGAAGAAUCUGGCCCCGAAGCCACUCUAUGCCUUGGGGAAUUCAUCGAGGCUGUCUGCUGAAAUGAUUGAGACUACAAAUGACUCAGGAAGAACAGAGCUUUUCUGCUCUAUUAACUGCUUAUCUGCGUACAGAAUUAAGACUGUUAUUUCUUCAGGUAUACAGGUUGUGUGUCAUAGUUGUAAAACUGCAGCAGUCCCUCAGUAUCACCUAGCAAUGUCAAAUGGAACUAUUUGCAGUUUCUGUAGCUCCAACUGUGUGUUGGCUUUCCAGAAUGUAUUUAACAAGCCAAAGGGAAGAAACUCUUCAUUGGCACCCACAUCUCAGGGCCAAGAGGUGAGGAGCACACCCGUGCAGUCUGCAGUGUUAGCAAGAAAAGAGGCCCCUGCCUCUUCCUUCAGUAGCCCCAUCAGCAACCCUGCUGCGACCGCUCUGGAGACUCUUGCUAAACAGUCCCAACAGAUUGCUUUGACCCAUUCAUUCUUGAAACUCACGUGCCUGCAGUGUAGCCUUCUGUUUGCCACAAAGCCAGAGCUGCUUUUCUACAAGGGUAGGAUGUUUAUGUUUUGUGGCAAGGCUUGCUGUGAUGAAUACAAAAGGCAGAAUAAAGUUAAGGCCUUGUGUGACUACUGUAAGCUACAGAAGACCAUAGAGGACACGGUGCGGUUCUCAGGGGUUGACAAGCCAUUCUGUAGUGAAGUUUGCAAGGUCCUCUCAGCUCGAGACUUUGGGGAAAGAUGGGGAAGCUACUGUAAGACGUGCAGUUACUGUUUACAGACGUCUGCAAAUUUUGUGGAAAAUCAACUGGAAGGCAAGCUCCAGGUUUUUUGCUGUGAAGAUUGCAUGUCUAAGUUUACAGCUCUGUUGUAUCAGACAGCCAGAUGUGAUGGUUGUAAACGGCAGGGUAAGCUAAGUGAGUCCUUGAAAUGGAGAGGCAACAUCAAAUACUUCUGUAACCUGUUCUGUGUCUUGAAGUUUUGCCAUCAGUAUAGUGUGAAUGACCCAAUUCCACAAAGAAAAGUAUUUGUGCUCCCAAAGCCAGCACAGGUAAUUAUUCCUAAGGCACAAACUGCUGUGACAGCACUCCCUUCUCCAAGGAUAGCUACAACACCAGUUAUAACCAGUGUGACGUCAUUGGCAAAAAUACCUGCACUUCAGCCCACCAGGAACACUCACAGUGCUUCAACAGGUGCUGGUCCUGCAGAGGUAACCAAGAUCAUUGGAAAUGGAAGUGCACAGGCACCUGCUGAGAGACUUCAGCCUUUGCAGCCCCCCAAGCUUUUGAAGAACAAAGGCAUAUUGUGCAAGCCAGUUACACAGACCAAGGCCACCUCUUGCAGACCACAUACCCACCAUGCUGCGUGCCAGACAGAUUUACCUCUGCCAGAAUGGAAGAGUGAAGAACCUGAGUCUCCACCUGCAAAAAGAAGAAGACCAGACUUCAUCCAGACUUACAAUGCAGAGUAUAUCAGAUUUGGUUUCAUUAUCUGUUCUGGAUCAAAGGGAAGUUCACCAAGCCCACAGUGUGUCAUUUGUGGAGAGGUCUUACCUAGUGAAAGUGUGAUGCCAGUAAGUCUUUCUAACCAUUUGAAGGCAAAACAUUCAGAUUUAGAGAACAAGCCAGUAGACUUUUUUGAGGAAAAAUCACUUGAAAUGGAAUGUCAAAACAGUUCUUUAAAAAAGUGUUUACUAGUUGAAGAGUCACUUGUGAAAGCUUCUUAUUUAAUCGCUUUCCAAAUUGCUGCCAGGAAUAAGCCAUUCUCCAUUGCUGAAGAAUUAAUUAAACCAUAUUUAGUAGAAAUGUGUUCAGAAGUUUUGGGUUCAAGUGCUGGAGACAAAAUGAAAACCAUCCCUCUUUCUAAUAGCACAAUUGGGUGCAGGAUCAAGAAACUGUCUGAUGACAUUGAAGAUCAGCUGCUGCAGAAGGUCAGGGAGUCCAGGUGGUUUGCCCUUCAGGUGGACGAGUCGUCCGAGGCCACAGAGGUGCCGCUUCUCCUCUGCUAUGUCCGCUUCAUCGACUAUGACCGUGGAGAUGUGAAAGAAGAAUUAUUAUUUUGCACUGAAAUGCCUUCUCCGAGCACAGAUCUUGAAGUGUUUGAAUUAAUAAAUAAAUAUAUUGAUAGCAGAUCUCUGACUUGGAGCCAUUGUGUUGGUUUCUGUACUGAUGGGGCUGCAAGCAUGACUGACAGGUAUUUUCGUUUGAGGUCAAAAAUUCAAGAAAUCGCCAAGAAUACAGUGACAUUUACACAUUGUUUCAUUCACCGUGAACACUUAGCAGCCAAAAAGCUAUCUCCAUGCUUACAUGAAAUUCUUUUGCAGUCAUCACAAAUUUUAAGCUUCGUAAAGAACAGUGCCUCAGAUUCACAAAUGUUGACAAUUUUGUGUGAAGAGAUGGGAUCUGAGCAUGUGGAUUUACCACUUAAUGCUGAAGUACGCUGGCUGUCGAGAGGGAGAAUUUUAACAAGAUUAUUUGAACUGAGACAUGAAAUUGAAAUAUUUUUAAAUCAAAAGCAUUCAGAUUUGGCCAGGUAUUUCCGUGAUGAGGAAUGGGUUGCAAAGCUAGCCUACUUAGCAGAUAUAUUUUCACUUAUAAAUAAAUUAAAUUCAAGUCUCCAAGGAACCAUGACUACUUUUUUCAAUUUGUAUAAUAAAGUUGACAUAUUUAAGAAAAAGCUAAAAAUGUGGUUGAAGCGUGCACCACAGAAUGAUUAUGAUAUGUUCCCUCUACUUUCUGAGUUCUUAGACUCGUCAGAUGUAAGUGUGAGAAACAUUGCUAACAUUAUUUGUGAGCACCUGGAAGGACUUUCUCAGCUACUCCAUGACUGUUACCCACCAGAAGAGGACUUGCGUUCCGGAAAUCUGUGGCUCGUGGAUCCUUUUGCCAGUUACCACAAUAACAACCUCACUGACUUUGAGGAAGAAAAACUCGCAGAGUUAUCUUCUGAUACGGGAUUUCAGUCAGUUCAUAAGUCAAUGUCUGUCACGCAGUUUUGGAUCAAUGCAAAGACAAGCUAUCCCGAGCUCCAUGGAAGGGCAAUGAAGCUGUUGCUGCUUUUCUCAGGCACUGCUCUGUGUGAUGCCGCCUUCUCGGCCUUGACUGCAUGCGAACAGAGAGACCUUCGGACUUACGGUUCCACCCUCAGACUGGCAGUCACGUCAUUAGUUCCAAGGAUAGAAAAGUUAGCAAAGGAGGAAGAGUAGAGUCCGUGUUACUUAUCAUCAGAGUGUAUAAUUUUGUGUUAAAUUUUGUAUAAGUAUCCUAAAAUACAAUUUGCUAAUGUAUCUGUAUUUUCAGUGAUUAAAUGUUUUAAUUUUUUCCUUUGUU